AAAUCAUCGUUUUCUCAUUUUGAGCAUAUUUCUUGCAUAAAUAAUAUAGUAUGAGCAAUUUGGAACAUGUUGUAACCAAUUAUAUGAUUACAGACGAUGUACACUCGGCUGAAGCAAUACAAGCUUCGAAAGACAUUCUUAAGAUUGUUGAUGAGGGAGUUGUUCAAGAUAAUUUGCUACAAUUGGUUCAAGCUUUAGGUGAAUACUUGAUUAAUGAUGAUGAAUAUAUUCGAGCCAAAGCAACUGCACUUCUAUCAAACACUCUAGCGGAAUGCAAACAGGACGAAAUUAAUGAGACAGCAGUGUCUGUACUCGUCGAUUUUUACUGUGAACGUUUGACAGACGGUACAUGCGUACCAAGUCUUCUAGAAGGUUUAGUAGCUUUAACCAAAUACUCCAAUUUUACUGGGAAAAAUGCCGUUACUACUGCAAAGAGAUUGAUUCAAAAUUUACAAAUGCAGCAAUAUCCCCAGGGAACCCGAAUUGCUGGAUUCACAGUAUUUGCAAAUUUGAUUGAUUACCAUGCGGCUGCUUUGAAGUCAAUCAACGAUGAAUUUGUGUUCGGGUUCACAAAACAGUUAGAUGGAGAAAAGGAUCCUCGCAAUUUGAUGCGCGCCUUCCAUAUUGUAAAGGAGCUUGUAGACAAAUUAGAUAUCAGUAACCAUGUCGAAGAUGUUUUUGAGGUUACAUUCUGCUACUUCCCUAUCACUUUCAAACCACCUCCAGGCAAUCCAUACGGUAUUACUGCAGAAGACUUGAAAGCUAGUCUAAGAAUGUGUAUGGCCUCUACUCCAUUGUUUGCCAAAUUCGCACUGCCACUUAUUCUAGAAAAGUUAUCUUCUACUGCAGGUAGCGCUAAGAAAGAUGCAAUGGAAACCCUGGCUGCAUGUGCACCAGUUUACGGUGCUGCUGUUUUAAUACCGCAUAUUGAAGAAAUUUAUACGUCUCUAAAAAUAGAAGUGUUUCAUUCAAUUGAUGCAUCACUAGAAGAUGCUGCUGUUGACGCAAUUCGAUCUGUCACUUGUGCCUUGACUGCAGACAACGCCCCUCAAGACAGUGAAAAUACUGCAGAAAAAGCGUUGAAGCAUUUGAUUGACGAAUGUGCGACUAAUCUGAGGGAUCCUGAUAUGAAAGAUCAUCAACAAUCUGGACGUAUUUUAAGAGCAGUAGCUUCAGCCUCACAUGCAGCAUGUCUAUUAGUCGUCGAUAUUAUUGUUCCACUUGUCCUAAGACAGUAUCGUGAGACGAAUAUGGCUAUGCUGAGAAAAGCAAAUGUGGAUAUUAUUCUGGAAUUGCUAGAAGCUGGUAAAACUUUAUAUGGAUGCUCGAACGAUGUCAAUAAAGCAACCGCUGCUGCAACCGUUAGCUCCCCCUUAAUCCAAUAUAAAGAAAAGUUCAGUGGUAUUUUCGAAUCAUCGUUGAUGGCAUCCAAUGAAUACAAUCUUCUUCGUCUUAGCGGCCUCAAUGGUUUGAAACUAAUGAUAUUGUCAAAGGAUUUUUUGGAAACCAAUGAAGUUGGUAUUGCUAUACAAUCCAUCAACAAAAUUCUUCUAGAAGAAAUUGAUGAAGAACUUCGCUCUGCUGCAUUAGAAGCACUCAGUAUUACAUCACAAACAUACUGUAAAUAUAUAAAUGAGAUCACUAUACCGUCUUUGAUUGACCGACUUCCCGACAACACAGUUAAAGAUGGCAAUAAGAAGUACUCCCGUCUAUUGCAUGCUUUCAAGGUCCUCGCGUCAGUACCCUCUGUAUAUAAACAAGCGAUGCCUUUAUUAAUAGAAAAGUUUAACUGUGUUUGCAAACAAGAUGAAGACCCUACCUAUGCAGUCGCAAUCGCGAAAACAAUCUUGGAUAUCAUCAAGACCAAAUCAAGCGAAAAUCAUCAAGAUCUCCUGGAAGGUGUACAUACCAUUAUACCCCAUUUCAUUAAAACAGCAGUCGAAACAUCUAUUACCGCUGAACAUAAUUUGAUAUUGGACGGUGGCGUGAUGGAUGCCCUGACUUUAACCAUUACUGCUGUGCUUGUGAAGGCUGACAGCAAUACCCAGAAAAAACUCAUGGAGAGGGCUUUCAGAUUAUUUGUAGAUGGGCAGUUAUCAGAGUUCGAUAUUGCAACUUCUUCUGAUGUCGAAUUUAAGCCCUUAAACAGCGCUUCCUCGAAAAUUUUGAACUCGCAGCAGAAGAGUACUUGCCGCUUUUUUGCAGCAAUUAUAUGUUCGUUGAGAAAAGACGUAGCUUUGCCAGUGACGGGUUUGGAAGGGUUUUUGAAUGAUUUGAUAGCUGUGGCACUAGAAAGUGAUAAUCAAGUUCAAUUGACAAGCGUGGCAAGGAUGAUUGGUUCACUCAUCAACAAAUGGAAAAACAACUCUGCUUUAGCUGCAUUUGUCAAGCCUACAGCGUCAAGGUUGGAGGAUAUCAUUGCGCAGCAAACAACUCCAGAUAAAGGGAACGCAGUGGAGAUCUAUUUGUGGAUUGCUAAAGCACUUGUAUUACGUACACAUAGCUUCGGCUACGAAAUGACCAACAAGAUAAUCCAAUGGUGUGGCGAUAAUACAGCAGGGUCAAAAGCACCCCAAGGAUUCAGCAUUCUCAUUGGUGAAGAUGCGUUUGCAUUAAAUAAGGCUAUGUUCGCUACAACUAUGAUCUUAUACAAACAGAGAUUUUUCGAGCAUUGCCUUUCUCAGUUGGUCGAUGGAUUCCGUUCAGCAAGCGACGAUAUAAAACCGAAUUAUUUGAUUGCUUUAUCCUAUCUUUUGCAAAAUGUUCCUAAACAGAUCUUGUUGAACGAGCUGCCACCACUUGUCCCUCUUUUGAUGCAAUCUCUUACUCUACGUGAUAGCGACCUCAAGGUGUCCACACUAGAAACUUUGAGCUUAGCUGUAUCUGAAGCCGCUGAUAUUGUUGCACCUCAAAUUAGAGUAAUUUUGCCCGCUCUGGUAGGCUUACUGCAGGACACAAAAGAAAACCCACUACGUGUCCGCAUCGCUGCACUCAAAUGUCUGGCACAGUUCCCUAAUUAUAUCUCCAAAGACGCUUUGAGCUCACAUGUAAAUUAUGUUAUCCGUCAAUUGAAGACUUCUCUAGAUGACAAAAAACGUCUUGUUAGAAAAGAAGCAGUGGAUUGCCGUUUUAAUUGGUACAAUAUUGCAGUCUAGAGAAAGCUGCUUUGCGAUAAUAAAGAACAAAUAGUAAUACAUAAAUCUUGAAAGAUAUUGGGUAUGAAUGUCAACCUCUACUUGAAAUAUAUUUCGUUUUUAUCGUUGUUAAUUGUUUAGAUCGUCAUCCGCAAGGACAACUGCUAAAAGCUGUAGUAUAUUCGUUUCUGCAGAACCGAUGCAAACGGCUUUACAAAAUCACGAACGUUUACAAUUACGGUAUUUUUUAAAGAGGUGACGCAAAGCGACGAGCGAUUUUUGUUGUUCUGCUUCGAUUUCGUCAAAGCCAAUGCUUGGAUAUGGAAUUUGAACAUUCAAAAGCAACUUUCUAAAAUUUUUGAUUAAUGGUUGGCUACAUAUCUUCUUUUUAUGCCGCUAUUGAG